CCCUUUGCUCAUUUACUUGAGCUUCUUCUUCGGUCGCAGCUGGUUCGUGUGCCCGCACUUCUUCUUCCGGCAGUUUUUGGCGCGCGGCGGCAGGCGCGCGUAGCACUUGCGGCAGAUCAUCUUGUCGCAGUUGUACGUCUUGGCCAGCGCGGCCAGCGACGGGUCGUAGACCAUCUUUGUGGUCUCCCUCUGGGCGGCCUGUGUUGGAUCGAGCGGUGAGUCAAGGCGUGGCGCGUCGGCGGCGUGCGCGCGGCGGCGGCGUGCUAUUCAGACGUUUUGAACGUCGAGGUGGUGCCGCGCUUGCCGCCGCACGGCCCAGCGAACGCCACACCGCUGCGCAGACGCCACCGCUGCUCAUUACAGCUCUCGGCACGACCAGUGAUCGCGCCGGGAGCGCUUGAGCGGCCGAGACGUGCAGUGCAGCGGGCAUUGGGCCAUACUCGGCGAGGCGUCAUCGUUUCGCGCAGCGGCUUCGACAGCGAUUCAUUCGAAGCUCAAACUACGUCGUAGGCAGCUCGUAUUUCGAUCUCGGACGCAGACUGGCACGCUUUUGCAGUCCGCUUUGUCUCCAGCCUGGCG